UGCAAAUCUGCAUUACAACUCUGGUGUGGGUACGUUUUUACUCAGGAUAACUUACAGUAAAAAUGUGCAUUUUUGUCAAAGGAUGAGCUUUCUCCUGCUCGAUGUCAUGUAUUGGUCGUGUGUACAACUAGCACAAGAAAGAAAGUGGAGGUUGUCUUGUCUGCCUGCCACAGCUGCUUUGUUCGUUGUGUCCGAAUUGUUUUGAAAGCAAGAGCGCGAAGGGAGAAAUUCUGCUCUGGCCGAGGCCGACGGAUAUCCAUAUCCUUUAGGAGGACGAAGAUAUCACAAAAGUAGAUGAUAGGAACACGAUAAUAUCUGGGAGACCAUAACCUACCAUCUCGAGCUGGAUGUUGAUCUGCAUUGUUUUUAACAUCACGUUGUUUCAAGGGCAAUAGCUUUUUGUUUCGUGAUAGCGCGGAUCGUCUCCCUUGGGAUAGUAGAAGUGCACAACAAAAAUAUUUUUCCUUCCAUGCAGUUUCGUUUUCACCGAAAGCAAAACAAGAGACAAAUCCAAAAUGCCUUUUACUGAUAAUGAACAAAACCGGCAAUCAUGUGUCUGUAAUUGAUGCCAAAAGUUGUAGAGCCAGUUUUGAAUUUGAUGUUUUCAAACUGUGGGCACCACCUAUUAAAGUCAAAGUUUCACUCUAAACACACAGCCAUGCAUAUUUGUAAAUCUAAAUCAGGUGCAGCUUACUUAAGCUAUCGAAACUUCGAUAUUUGCAUUUCGUGUGGUCAGACGGUUGUCCGUGGACUCGGUGGCGGAAUGGUUCAAGUACUGGAACUCCCUGGGUUAUCGUGAGAAAAAGAUGUCUCAGUCUCAACGUGUAUUGCGGAGGUUCCUUGAUGCGGUUUUUUGGCACGCAGCGCGUGCGCGACAUGCUGCAAGAAAUUUGGCGUCUGUAUGUUGUGUGUAUGUCUUCUCUUGCUUCUGACGCAUCUUCACGUGGUCACUGGGAGUAAUUGCUUAUGUGUUGUCGACGACUUUUGUACAGGUUCGGGGCUGAGGCAGUUUUUCCCUCAAUAGGUAUGUGAUAUGUCGCGAUUCUAUUCCAUCUUGAAGAUAGGCAUAUGGCUGAUAAGUAACCGUUGUGGUAAAAUGAUGUAAAAACUACAGAGUUCAGUAUGUACUAGAUUAAAUCCGUAGUAGAAGUUCUCCCUCUAUCGACCAAUGCAGAUUUGCUAAUGCCUGGACCACCCCCGAGAAUUCUUCCGUGAGAAAAAAACUGCCCGAAGUAGAGUGGUGAUAGGCUAGCCUUAUGAUUCCUUGAGGGCGCGAGCAGGAUCUUCAUGGGACGUACGACGCUCCUCGAGGAAACAAGAACGCCGUGCCCAUUCGGUGAGUGCAGAGAGAGUACAAAACAACAACUUCUGUUGUUCAUAGUGAUCAAGAUCAUCAGAUGAAAGAUCUUUCGAAUCCUUCUCUACCACGCACCCCAUGCUGCAUGCAAGGGUCCUUUGGUUGCUUGUCGAGAUGAAAAUCCCGUGCUCGAAUAUCUUAUUUGCUCUCCUUUUACUGAAUUCAUUCGUCCAUUGGAUCUUCAAAUUCCGCAAAGCACAACAACAAGAAUUUAUGAAAAAAAUGCGAAAAAAUGCAAAAGCAAAUGUUUGAA